GAUGAGGGGGAGGAGGGGUACGAUGGGGACGAGGGGGAGGAUUUUGGGGAGGGCUUCGCGGAGGACGGCGAGGGGGGCGAGGGCGGCGACAAGCCGCGCCGCGCGCGCGGCGGGCGGCGCGAGAAGGAGAAAAAGGAGCGGCAGGCGGCGCGCCUGGCCGCGGCCACCGCGACGGCGGCCGCGACGGGCGUGCUGGACGCGUAG